UGAUACUAAGUAGACACGUCAAGAUUUGAGGUUAUAAAAGUCUGAUGAAAUCACCUGAUAUUAUUCUGUUAUUUGAAAACAAUGUCUUGGGUCGUCGAAAACUCCUUAGCUUGGUAUCAUAAGUUAUUCAUAAACAUACUAAAAUGUGGACCUAUACCAAGACAUAUAGCUUUCAUAAUGGAUGGCAAUCGAAGGUAUGCAAGCAAGCAGAAUGUGAACAAAGCUGUUGGUCACACAAGAGGUUUUGAUAAAUUAGCAGAAACCCUGCUAUGGUGUCGCGAAAUGGGUGUAAGAGAAGUCACAGUGUAUGCCUUCAGCAUUGAAAAUUUUAAAAGAAGCGAAGAGGAGGUGGAGACACUCAUGCAACUGGCCAAAGAAAAAUAUGCAAAGAUACUUGAGGAAAAGGAUAAGUUGCAUGAGAAUGGUGUAUGCAUCAGAGUUAUAGGUAAUUUAAAUCUAAUUCCAAAGGAUUUAAGGAAGUCCAUUGCUCAAGCUGUGUUAAUGACUAAAAAUAACAACAAAUCAUUCCUGAAUGUGGCAUUUGCAUAUACAUCAAGAGACGAAAUAACAAAUUCCAUGCAGACUAUAGCAACUAGUGAUUUAGAUGCAGAAGAAAUAGACUCAGAUUUAAUUUCAAGUUGCAUGUACAGUAGCGAGAGUGAGAGGCCAGACAUCCUGAUCAGGUCAUCAGGAGAAGUUAGGUUCAGUGACUUUUUAUUGUGGCAAAUUUGGAACACCAAUGUUAUUUUCACUGAUGUCCUGUGGCCAGACUUCAGUGUUUGGCAUUUCUUUGCCUGCAUUUUCCAGUACCAAAGAUGCUACAAGAACAUGCAACUUGUUGGGGAAAGCUUAGAGAAGGAACCGAAAGGGGGUAAAACAAUGGCAGGGCUGGAAGAAAGAAGACUGAAACAAUUGGAAAUUUACGCCAGUUGAGACACACUCAAUGUUUACCAUAAUUUAUUCAUGAUUACCUUCAUUUAAACUUAUGUAUAAAUAAUUCCUCUAUCUCUAAUUAUGUUACAUAGACAAUAUUAAUUUAUUACAAUUUAUGAUUUCAAUCUGGACUUGAAAUUUAUAAAAGUAAGCGGAAAAAAAUGUUGUUAAAUAAACACUGUUGUUGCAUAAUGUUUCGUGUAUUUUUACUGUUGAUAUUAGUAUCCUCUGCAAAUUUGCAUACUCGCUUUUAUUAGUUUUUGUUGUUCACGUCUCUCACAUAAGUAUAUUGUUAGUAACUUGAUA